AUGUGUUUUGAAAGUGGUGCUAUAUUCUAUAAUGAUGAACAUGAGAAGAAUGCCAUUCACUGUGAUACAAUAUCACAACAAAAUCAAGUAUCGCCUAAAUUGGAUUUAAGUGAAACCGAAGACAACAAUAAUUCUACAGUACCGGUCAUAAAAGGACGAUCGGAUGAUCGCAACAAUGAAAAAGCCAAGGCAAUGGAUGACAAUGACAAUAAAGAUGGAGUCAAAACUGGACCCAAAAUUCAUGGUGUGCGUGUGACUGUUGAUACGGGCGAUGGACAAACAUCCAAAGAAUCCAAGGAAAGUGUUGAGAUCACCGAUUUGGGUAAAAAUAAAAAACGUGUUGGUAUCCAUACGGACAUAACAUUUGAAAUCACAGCUGGAGGCGAUGCUCAUGACAAUAAAACAAGUCGGGAACAUGAUGUCGAUGAUAAGGAAGACGCAAGUGUUCCCAUUUUCAAAGGAAGAGGAGGCUCGGGUUCCCACAAGAACCGCAAACCUACUGAUCCAAAAUCGCAAUGGAAUCCCAAUUUUUCUGCAGAACGUCGAUCGUACGAUCAUUCAGGACGAGGCCGUUAUCCAGAUUAUCAGGAAUAUUAUCCCGGCAACGUUCCGGUUUAUGUAGGAUCUUCUGAUGGACGUGGAGGGGGAAGUUCCAUUUAUCGCUCAUCGGACGGUUGGAAUAGUUACAUACCUCGUUCUACAUAUUGGACAACAGAACGUUCACAUUAUGAGAACUAUAGGCCAAAUGAUGUGUCCGGCUAUAGGGCAACUCCCAGCUGGAAACCCUGCUAUUGUGUAAUGAACGAUAAUGAAUACCGUCGGCGAAGGGAUAACAGUCAGCUUCAUCGCCACCACCACAACCACGAAGUUCAAGAUGAGGUCGUUAUAAAACCUACAAGUUCGUUAAUCGAGAUUAUUGACGGUAAAUUGGAGAGAACUUUUUCAAAAAAAUAA